AUGUCGAAACCAUCCAACUCGCGGCCACCUUCGCGGCUCUACAAACAUGCCACAUGGUCACCGGACAUGCUUCGAGAAGAAGCAUGGCGGAGACGAAAGCACGAUCACGUCAGCCGCAGUAGCACCCGUCGGCUAACCAAGAGUGUCUCUGAGGAUGACUUACAAGAACUCAAAGCUUGUUUCGAACUCGGCUUUGGCUUUGAUUCGCCCGAAACCGACCCGAAAUUAUGCGAUACUAUACCUGCUUUGAAGUUGUAUCACGCUGUUAAUAAACAGUACAAUGAUCAUAGCUUGUCACGAUCCUCUUCUUCAUCUUCCAUUGUCUCUGAUAGCGGCAUUGCAAACACCACCGCCAUAUUUAAUCCAGCUGAGGAUUUGCCUGCAAAGAAGAAUCGGUUGAAACAAUGGGCGAAGAUGGUUGCUUGUGUGGUGCGUCAAUCUUCUUCAUCGACGGGUUCAGGUUCUUCUCAAGAAAUUGAUUAA